AUGAGUUCCUCUGCUGCAGGAUUCGAGAAUGCAACAGAGCAGCGUGAACCCGUCGACCUUCAGAUCUAUGGAGAGAUUCCCCCUUGGCUCAGCGGUGUGCUUUACAGGACUGGACCGGGCACUACUCGCAUCCCGACUACUGCUGACCCCUCCAACUCGGUCGACAUUCACCACUGGUUUGAUGGCCUCGCCAUGCACCACCGCUUCGAGAUCCACUCAGGCGGGCAGCGCGUCACGUACCGCUCCCACCACGGUGCUGAGGACCUGGAGAAGACCAUUGCCGACGCAGGUGUUUAUGUCGGCGGUUCCUUUGGCCAGAAGGACCCUUGCCAGACCAUCUUUCGCAAAUUUUUCUCUGUCUGGAAUGCCCUGGGCCCAAGCAACUCCAGCGACCAACCCAAGUUAAGCCCGAGCCAGAAGAAUGUCUCUGUUACUCUCACUCCUAACAUGCCCGGCUGGGACUCCAUGGACGUUCCACUUCCAACUGUUUCCUCCGGACCCCAAUAUGUAGUCGCCAAAACCGACGGAAAUGCGCUUCAGCUCCUCGAUCCCGAAACUUUGGAACCUCUCGCCAUGGCCACCUACCAGGACAUUGAUCCUCGACUCGACGGUCCUUUAUCUGCCGCGCAUUCGUGUCGUGACCCUGUAACAGGCGACUUUUAUAACUUUGUAUGCAAGUUCGGAGGCAAGUUUGCCGCAUACAAGGUGUUCAGAAUCAGUGGCAAGGACAACAAAGUAGACAUUCUCGCAGACAUCAACGACGCCCCACCUGCGUAUAUUCAUUCAUUCGCCAUGACGGAAAAAUUCGUCGUUCUUUGCGUCUGGCAAUCUUACAUCAAGUACUAUGGAUUGUCAGUGGUCAUGAAUGGGAACCUUGCCGAGUCAAUUGACACCAACUGGGAUCCUCACGCUGAUUCUGUAUUUUAUGUUGUUGAUCGCAAGCAUGGUGGGAUAGUUGCCAAAUACAAGACACCGCCAUUCUAUUGCUUUCAUCAUCUGAAUGCUUUUGAUGACCCCGCCACAGGAGACGUCAUCAUUGACAUGUCCAUAUACCCAGACAAUUCCAUUAUCCAGCUCACCUACCUUUCCACGUUGCGCGAUCUCACCGCGCACAAUACCCCCAUUCUAGGGAUUGCCCGCCGCUUCCGCCUCCCGUCUCCCACCUCUUCUGUGGACGGAGUAUGCGAUGCGAUAGUGGACUACACCUAUCCCUUGGAACAAAACAUCGAGCUCCCUGUCGUCUCACCGAGCGUGUAUCAUCGCCCGUAUCGGUAUGCGUAUGGGAUCCACAAAGGCAACACGCCGGACCACCCGACAUUGGCCGAUGCAAUCGUCAAGCUCGACAUGGCGUCGGGCAAGGUGGACGGCAGCACUACUAAGGUCUGGCAGACAGUGGACCGCACGCCGUCCGAGCCGAUCUUCGUCCCACGUCCGGAUGCGGCUCCAGAGGACGAGGACGAUGGCGUACUGCUGAGCGUAGUGCUCGACGAGCAGGCGUCGCGCAGCAGCUUGGUGGUGUUGGACGCGAAGGAAUUGAAGGAAAUUGGGCGUGCUGAGAUGACUGGGGUGUUCCCCUUUGGGUUUCACGGGUUGUUUUUGCACAGUGGUCUCAUAGUACCCCACUUCGACACGCCUGGGUACGAGACCAAUGGCUGGUCCUCCAUACUAAGCUUCAUAUCGCAUGCAGAACUCUUCGCCAUGCGCAUGAACUUCGAUCGUGUUCGCAGCCGUGUUCCUGUGCCCGCAAAGCUGAGACUUUUCUGGGAGCGCAUUACUUUGUCGCGCAUAACGACAUUUUACUUUUUAUUCAGUGUCAUCCACUUCACCAUCCAACUUGUUCUUCAGAUCCAGGCGUUCGUUAUCAAUGCUCAAGCUGCUUCUUUCCUGACCGAACUUGUCACCGAGGGCAAUGCUUCCAUGUCCGGAUUUACCGUGUACCAGGGAGAUCUUGUCAUGUGCCAGUCCGCACCGAGUUCCAUGAGCGCAAACUCUUGCGAGGUAGUUUGGAUGGGUUCGUACACAAAUAGCACAUCCGACUUGAUGCUCGGCUCUUCGAGCAACAUGACUACCAUGACCUCGUCCGCCUCUUCCUCGUCUGCCUCCUCGUUGACUACCUCCAGCGCGACAAGCUCGGCAUCGUCGUCGAGCAGUCUCACCUCUACGACACCCACCUUUACUAGCAGUAGCAGCUCGACUGUUUUGUCUACUUCAUCCACGCCCAUUACCACGGCGACUACGUCUCACACCACUACGUCUACUGCCCCUACGGAGACACAGUCCCACAACGCGACUUCGACCCACUUCGUUACUGUGACGCUUCACGUCACUAAAACUGAAGCCACAGACAUCGUUCGCAUCACCACUGACACCGGAGAUGACAAAAGCGCUCAGCCAACUGGUGUCGUAUCUCGUCACGUCCGCCGUGGAGGACCUAGUGUUCAGCCUGUCCAAAUGGAUGGCCAGACGUCUGUGAAAGUGAACGGUCUGUCCGGCACAAGUGAGGUCACCUUGGAUCACACCUGCCUGUCUGUCCUUAACUGGCCUGUGUCGCAGCUGGACUUCACCAAACGUGAAGACAUCAGUUAUAUCAUGUUCCAGUUCUGGGUGCUCGCCAUGUCCCUUGUAGCUUUGCUGAAUGAGUCCGUCCCCCACAUCAUCGCGUCGCUCCUUGCUCACGUUGGCGCCACUGCUUGGGGAGUUUUCCAAAUCUACAAUAGUGCUGAGUUCCACACCGAUUUCAAUAAGCUCACUACUCAAGGUGCAUGUGGCGUGAACCUGCUUCCCACAUACUGGAAGGAACGCUCCAAUGCGGAGAUCCCAAGUAUGGCACUGAACGCUGUCGCUCUGAUUGUCUCAGUCAUCUUGUCGUGGAGACUUAUCAAGCUAUUUGGAUGGCAGACUUUCAAGCGCGUCGGUGCCUCGCGAAGGAUCAACCGUGUCUACACUAUCGUGCUGUUCCUCUCAAUUGUCAUCCAGCUCACUCUGUUCCUCAUCGCUCUCUCUUGUGGACUUUGGAUCGACCAGCUCAUGAAUGGCACUAUCGGUCAUCUGACGCAGUACAGUGCGAUCUUCAAGGGUGUUGAUAUUGUUUUGCUAAUCUUCCUGAUCCCUUGGCUCACUGUGGGGUGGAUAUCUGUCCGUCGCGAACAAAAGAUCGCUAUGUUGGUAUUUCUCUUCGUGUCCCUGCUGUACCUUGGCGCAUGGGGUGGUAUGUUCGCCGCCGCUACGUUCCGCUGGACGUUCGUACAGUGGCGAUUCUUCAGUAUCAUCGUUUCGGCAACUGUCGUCCUUUCUCUCACCACUUUCAUCAUGGGCAUUGUCUGCCGAGUCAAUUUCGGCAAGGGUUUGUCGCACUACCUGAAUGCACGGGAGCCCCUUACCGACGAUUACAAUAACUUCUUGCCCACCGCUAUCGACUCUAAGUGCGGCGAGGACGUAGAGAAGGCUGAGUUCCCAUCCAGCGAGCUGCCCAUCCCAACCUACGCGGCUGCACUCUCUCCUACCGCCUCAAUCAGUUCGGCGUCUAUCGCACCCGCACAGCUUGGCCCUCGUUUCUACAACAUUUCCGGGGGGCCGUUUGAGCUUCAACAAGACGCCUCUUUUUCCGAUGCGGCGUCAUCGCGCACAGCUGCGACUGACACCAACAGCCUAAAACGCAACCCCUCAAAUAUCAGUAAUACUAGCAGCACGCAAUCAAAGCGUUGGGUUAUUGAAUAA